UUCAAAGUCCCUUCUCGAAGGAAGCAGAGUUGGAAGCCCAAGUUCAGCAAAGAAGGUACGUACAGCAAUUGAUUCAGUUUGUUGAAACCUUGCUGAUGACGCUUUGCUCAAAAUGCUUCUUGGGAUUUUGUAUUUCAAGACACAAGGCAAAACCUGUUUGGAGUGUUUUUAAACUGCUCACAUUUAUUUGAAUAACUUGUGAAAGAUGAAGUCUAGAACUUUGCAAGAGGAGAUUAUUGGCUGCCAAGUUCUGGCUAACAACUGGAAAACAUCUUGAUGGAUGUGACAGUGAAGCUGUCGAGGGCAGCACCUCUGAGGGAAGUUCUCCAUUUGCCAAGUAUAAUUUAUAGAAUAUGUUUAUCAUAUAGAUGCAUCCCAUAUUAUGGAGACUCUUAAUGUCCCUAUUAAGCCUGGUGGUUUCUGGUAGGAAUGUAGGGAGUCUCCAAUAUGACAGCAUUGUUCACCACUGUAUAAUACAGGCUAAGGCUCCACAUUUCCAGUUUGCACACAAAAAGUUGGCCAACUCAGGCUAAUCUAAAGGAUGCUUUCAUAUAGUCUCUGAAGUGAAAACAACAGAAGAACCAUGUACAACAGCACUGCUAACUGCAGGUGAUGCUGAUUUCAAUGAGCUAGAGCCAUUUUCUUUUGGAAAAAAGUGGAUAAUUUUUGCUUCACUCAUGAUCAACCCAAUAUUCUUGGGAAUGGAAAAAAACAGCCAUAAGUCUCAAAUAUGAGGAUUCAGUCUUCUGUGUCUCAUCAAACAGCUGCUUCCCUGUCCAGCUAUAAGGACAAAAUAUUUUUUGUCAGAAUAUGAGAGAAGCUAAUUCUCUCCUCACUGCUGAUGCAAUUUUCCUUCUGCUGUAUUUAUUUAUUUUUAACAGCAUUUAAUUGGUGCACAACAGUCAUGGUUUCUGAGAAGGUUAUAUUUAAAAUACAGCUACAAAGCAUAAGAACAAAAAUAAUACAAAUAUAGCACAUGUAAGUUCCAGCAGCAAAGAAAAAGAUGGUUUCAAGCCUAUUUUAAAGGCUGAUUUAUGUUUUAUGUGUAUUAAGUGUUUAAAGGCCUGGGGAAAAGAGAGGGGCCUACACCUUGUGCUGAGAUGACAACUCGGACGUCCAGCCUGUCUGGGGAAAGCAUUCCACAGCCAGAAUGCCACCACCAAAAAGGACCUUUUCCUCAGUAGCCACCUUUGUUACCUCCCUUUGCAGAGGCACCUGGAACAGAGUGCAUCCUGGAUGUAUGAGCGUAUGCUCAUGAAACGUUCAAAAACUACUUGUUUCCACAAAGCAGUUGAAAGUAUGAGCAUGAUUUUCAGAUAGCGCACCUAAGAAGCCAGAUGCCAUACUCAUUUCUCAAAGCUACCCCUUAGACUUUUUUGUGAAACAGGCGCAUCAUUGCUUUGCUACAUAGGUCUACUUUUGCUUUGGACCUCCAUAAUUCAACAUGGCUACUCUUAGGCUAAUCGCAGUGCUGUAAUAGCAUCAGGAGGAGACUGACUGUUAAAACAAUUUCCAGAAGGAACAAGAGGAAUUGGUUGAGUUACCAAAAGAAAAGUGGGACAAUCAGGGAUGUAUCCAAUAUCAGUCUAAUUUAAGUCCCAUUCAUUUCACUGUGUGUUCUCUAAGCAGAAAUAACAUUGGAUACAAUCCUCUGCAUCCUAUUUGGACACCAUUGACUCUUCAUUUCUGCUUGCCAUGUUAUAAGGUUUUAACUGAUUUUUUAAAGACAUGCUUGCAAAUGUUUGAUGUUUGGGGACAGAAGAAUGUUUGAUGUUUGGGGAUAGAGGAAUGAAAGAAAGUCACUCACUGUGGUGCUUUCUGACCACUGUAUACUUUGCCCUAGACCACCCUCUAGUGACCAAGAUUAGAUUUGCUAGAAGGAGCCCAACCAAAAACAACAGAAAACCGAAUUUCCAUUGUUCAUUUGGUAUCACCGUUCACUGACCUUCUGAUGAACUGGAGUGUAUUGUACAUCCAGCAUGCUAUUUCCACUCAUAAAUCAGUUCAGUUUAAUAGGGAGUCCAAAACGUUUUAACGGCUCACACAUAAAUCACUGGAAACAAAUGCAGAAGCAAAGACAUUCUUUCUUCUUGUAUUGCCACUCAUACUGGGCCUUUGCCAGGGCUCAUAUUGUACAAAGUCUCUGGUGGUUUCCAAUCACAGCCUUAUAAUGAUAGUUCAGAUAAAAUGCUGCGUAAGGGGAGUUGAUGGUACUAUAUUUUAAACUUUAUUUCUGUGUCUCUGGUGUCACGUAGUUGCACAGAAAUUUAGCCAGUAAAACUUUUCCUGCACGGAGACAGUGAUGGGAAAGUUGCUUCUGACUGAACUGAAAUAUGUCAGGAUACUCCCAAGUGCAAAGGAGUAGGAGCAAAAUAAUAAUUAAAAAGAUUGGCAAGCAAGCUGAGAGAUAUGAAAGUUUGAGGGAAAAAUAGGAGGGGGUGUUCCGCAAAAUUUCCAAAGUUUCCAGGGGGAAAAAGUGAUGGAAAGCUUUCAUUUCUUUUUCACUUCACACCACACACAUGGUCCUUCCCCCGUGUUUUCCAGGCCUUCACAUGUGUAGGCAAACAUAACAAGAGUGCAUCGUAAAUAACACGGAAUCCUACACGAUCAUGACACAAUGGCCAGUAUCUUGGCCCUAAGCAUUUGCAGGGCUGAAAAUUAUCGCCCUAUUUCAAAGCCUCAGCUUCAAACUAUUUUGUAAUAUAAUUUCAUUUAAGGCCUGAUGCUAUGAUCUACCACACAGUGGCACCAGCCCAGUCUUAUCACCUCAUGCUGCCGGGGCACACAUGUCUUUUUUCUUUCAGGGUCCACAUUUCUUCGUAAAUAAUCUGUCAGGAGCUGCAUGUUGACACCACCGUAAAACAGAUGAUGGACAGGGCCAAAGCCAGAAGUGGCUGGCUCUUUCCCUUUCUUUCUGCCACCCUUUUUCCUUUCCCCCUUCCUUCCCAUGUAGCUGGCUGCUGCAAAGCAAGGUGGAAAUCUCUCAUUCCAGAGGUCUGAACUGAUUGUAUUCAGAGGGCAUUUGAAAUUAGGCUGAGUGAUGCAUGAAAUUAGGCUAAAUGCUGCACAAAUCUCUAGGGCCACAGGUCUGCUUUAAACAAAGCAGGCAGUGGUUGGUCUGCAUCUUGUCUGGAAAGCAAUAAUAUUUAAAAGUCACUGGCCUACAGCAGAAAUGUAAGUGUGUGUGUACACAUGUGCUUGCAUGCAUGUGAGCCUGAGGUUAAUAUUUCACAAAAUGUGUUUUUAUUAAGUCCUAAAAAGAUAUACUGGCCUUCCCUCAUCUGGUGUCCUGCAGAUAUUUUGGACUUUGACUCCCAUCAGCCCCAGCCAGCAUUACCAAUGAGCAAGAAUGCUGGGAGCUGUAGACCAAAACAUAGGGAAGAUGGGAAGGCUGUUGUAUAACUUUACAAAGCAGAUAACAAAAGCAGGGAAUUGAAUGUCACUAUCCUUAAAAAAAAAAACCCUACUUGGUGUCACCAAGCCCCUCCAGCAGCUGUCUUUAUUGGGUACAUGCCUUCUGUCUGCCAUGAAUAUUCAUGAGAAAGCCAGUCUGGUUUCCAAUGGAGACAGUAAACACACUGGGAAUGCCCGGGCUCUCUGGAUGUUUUAUUUCAGCUGUGCAAGAACAAGAGCUACCGUAGUCCAGAAAAACACCCUGUAGUACUAUCUUCCACAACAGGCUCCUGUUACACAUUCUGCGGGUGUUCUGGGGAUGCCUGAAGCGAUGUGGACAUUAGCAAGCAGACUUCCUGCAGCUUGCAUUUCAGGAACACCAAUGCAAAGCUCGCUAUAGACAACUGAUGACCUAAGCUUUUCAUUAACCAUGUCUUUGGUUUUCCAUUGUUAAACUGUUGCAUUGAAUCUUGCCUAUAUGCAAUGUACAGAUCUGGCUGCUUAGCAAAUUAUUCUUGGCUCAUCCAGUAAGAAACUACAGAAUCUUUCAUACAGCUGUCAGAAGUACGGCAUGCUGAGCAUCAGGGUUUCCUUUUGGUUGGCUUAUUCAGUCCAGCCUUUAAGAGAAAACCACCAGCAAGGCAUGUUUAGGGUCUGCUCAACCUUCCCUGGCAUGCAACCAAAUACUGGGUAGUGGAGCAAGCUCCCAUAGGAUGGGGAGCAGAGCAAACGGACUUGGGAGAACGACAUCAGCAGGGUACCUGUCACCAGCUACCAGCCCUGUGGGGGACUUAGUCUCAUGUUCAUCUCCUUCACUGCACAGCAACCAGUCUGGAAGGACCCCUCUUGCUUCCACACAGCGCUCAGUGAAGUCAUCAAGCAAAACCCGAGAAGAGCAGAGAGCCCUGAAAGAGGAUCAGGUCCGACAGGACAAGGUCUGGAGAGAGUUUGUGGAGGCUGAAAGAAGAGCAACCAAAUACUGGUACCAGAACUGGAGUUUCCUAAAGGACUAUGAUCCACUGGGCAAGAAAAAAGAGCCUGAGCAACUCCCCGAGUACAUGUCAGUAUUCUCAGAGAAAGUUCCCAACACCAACAGCCAUGUUAUUGGGAGCAGAAUGAACACUGAUCUUGGCAAAACCCUGAUAAAAAUGGAUUACUUCCUCAACUAUGGAAGAAGAAAAAAUAAACUUGACCAGGAACUCCAGCCUUCCUAGAAUGAAAAAGAAAUCUUGCUUUCAAAACCAAGUAGAGUUCUAAUACUUCGUGCAGCAGGGCCAGUGCUGAAAAACUGAUGUCUUUCUCUCUCUCCAGAUGCCAUACUGCUAAAUGCUGGCUGAUAAUGGUUCAAAUGCUGUCCAAUAAGAUAUUGAGAACGUUUAAAGCUGGAUCAAAGCUUGCUAACAUGAACCUAGAAACAUGAAUAGGGAUCAUCACUAGGAUGGCUGCAAGUUAACAAAAGAGGACACAGGUAGUAUAAAAUUUGAGCAUUGUCAUAUGUAAAGAUGCCUGUAAUCUGCAUUGCCUGGACAUGAUCCAUUUAUUUCAAUGGCUUGCAGAGGUGGGCCUCUUCAUUGAGGUAGGGCUACAGUGGUGGCAGGGUAAACCCAUAAAGCCCUAAACUCCCCCCAUGUUAGCUAAAUGUCCAAAAGCCUCCUUAGGCUGGACUUAGGUGCUAACUGCUGAUGGGCAACUGCAUGGCCUCUGCUCACCCUUCUGACCUUUAACCCAGACCUGAACAGGCCAGGGCAUCAAAGCAGAAUGCCUGGCUGUAGCUUAGCUGCAGAACAGACAGUUUGCAUGCAGGACGUCUUAGGUUCAAUCUCUGGCAUUUCCAGGUAGGUCUAGGAAAGACGCUUUGCAGAGCUGCUAACCAUCACGGACAACAAUAGUGGACUAGAUGAACCAAUUGUCUGACUCAAUAUAAACAGCAUCCUGUUUCCUAUUAUAAAAUUCUAGUUUCAAAAGUAUAAAGGAGUGGAAGUGCAUUGCAACCCUCUCCCCCAAAACCCGCAUAAUCUGUACAAGGUUAAGAUCUACAAUGAAGUCUAGCCUUACUGCAUCUGCAGCACUUUCUAUUUGCCUCCACACCAUUGCAAGUGAAUUAUUCUAUUCACUUCAUUCAUUGGGCCCCAAACAACAUUCAAAAUGAUAGUGACCCUGAAAUGUAAUUGUUUAUGCAGACGAGGACUUCUCCUGAGAAAUUAUUUCCUUCAGAGUUGCAGCUCGCUUCAGCUUUGACCUUGUGUUCCACAUAAGCCAUUGCAGAGAACAGAAUGCAAGGAGGACUUCCUGGGGGACUGCUGCUGGCAAGGAGACUAGCCGGUGGAAUUCCAGCAGAUGUAGUGGCCAUAUGUCACCCAAGCCAUCUGCUGCGAUUCAACAGAAGUUGGUUUAGGGGCACAGAAAGCUGGCCAUGCAACAAAGGGGAAGGAUUCUCACAAAUGAAGAUUGCACUGAUUGCUCCCAUUUAUCUCCUCGUGCCUGCGCAUUUCGGCAUCAAAUAGCAUCCCAAGGCGGUCCAUAAUAGGACACACGCUUUGCAUGCAGAUACAACUGCAGGUUCAGUUCCUGGCAUCUCCAGGUAGGGCUCAGACAGACACCUGCUGAAACCCCAGAAUGUCAUUUUCAGUUUGUGCCAAGAACACUGGGCUAGAUGGAUGAAGAAUCUGCUUCAGUAUCAGGCAACUGCCCAUGUUUCCCUAUGUUUUUAGCUUCUCUGUGAACUAUUUUCAGUUUAUUGUCUUUCUUAUACAAUAUGGCUC